AAUGCCUACCGAAAAAGAUAUUAAGUACAAUCAAGUUUGUCAGGAAGGAUUUACAUUUAAUUAUAUUGAUCCGUAUUAUCCUGAUUUAUGCAUUCCUUGCCCAUAUGGCUUUUAUAAAACGGGAUUUCACAUACAAAAAUGUACUCCUUGUCCACAAGGUUUUACGACGAAUAAACUUGCAGCACUUUCAAUCUCCCAAUGUCAAAGACACAUACUCUUAAUAAAAAAUAUAAGUGAUAUCGUACUAGAGAAGCAUGAGAAUUAUAGAUUAUUUAAUCAAAGUCCCCCUACUCUACCAACUCAGAUGUUUGGCUAUACAAAGAUAUUUUUAACAGUCACAAGCGACAGUAAGUGUCCUAGUGUUGAAAGGAGGAAUGCUAUGUCCAAAAACUAUGUUACAGAAUUAUGCGAGAAGAUAAAAGAAUACGAUUCGAGACCUUGCAUCGUUAUAGGUUAUCAAGAUUGUUACGAAGAGAGUGGAAAAGGUCCAACUUUAGACUUUACUUUUUAUUAUUCAAGACUAAACACUUACAUAUUGGACGUUACUCUAAAAUUAGGUAGAAUUUGUAAGGAUGUUUGCACCCUUCGGCAUAUUUCUAAGCAUUUGAAACACAUAAGAAAUAUUAUUAUCGAGUGGCGGAAAGAUAGGCGAACUUUCGACGAAAAUGACUACAAUAUAACCUUCAUGGAUGACAGAUUUAACUUGACAUUCGCUUGUCCGGCUGGUUAUUUCCUUGAAAGAGACAUAUGUAAACCUUGUAAAGCUGGACACUAUCAACCAAGAAUUGGAUUCUAUAGACGAUGCCUACCUUGCCCACCUUUUUAUUUUUCUUCAGGUUUUGCAUCAACUUCCUGCAGUUCAUGUAGAUCGAAUGGUCAAUAUCGAAAUCCGAAAACAGUUGCGGCUCAAACAAGACAAUGCUUAGGAGAAGAUAUCAAUAUGGAAAAGUUUCUGGACAAAUUCGAACAAGACUUUAAUAAUUUAUAUCUUCCGGUAUUUGCCGGAAUCUUUCUCCUUCUAGUGAUGCCACUAACUUGCUAUAGACUUAUCAAGUUAUUAGACGAAAGUACAAAAAGAGCACAAGAGAAGAGUGACUAUGAAAUUCAUAUGGAAAAGAAAGAUGUUACAAUAAGAAAUGAAGAAAUUAUAGCAGAAAGAAGAGCAAAAUUGUUACUUACACAGCAUAUUGAAUUGGAAUUAAUUGAUUUAUUGAAUAAAUUUAAUCCUACUCAAAGUUGA